UUUCACAACGCUGUGAAAUAGUGUUUUGUAACCUACAAACUCAAAAUGGCUGCUUCAAAAAAGAAACGUGUGGAAGAAGAAAUGGACGACGAGAAUAUUGACGUGGAUGAAGAUGAAUUAGAUGAAGAAGGCACUAAUUCAGAAGAUGACGAUGAAGCGAUGGAUCAGGAGGUACAGCUGGACUUUGAAGCUAGGAUUCCUGAAGAUUGCGAUUUCCAUGGCAUCAAAACAUUACUUCAGCAGGUGUUUUUAAAAGCCAAUGUGAAUUUAUCGCAGUUGACAGACACCAUCAUCUCUCAAAAUUACAUCGGCAGUGUCAUGAAGCAACCAUACAGUCCUGAAGAUAAUGACGAUGAUGAUGAUGACGAUGAUGAUUCGGUGCUGGCACUGACAUCAGUUAUCAACCUCACAGAAAGAAAGGACCUAGACUGUGUGAAGCAGAUCCGAGGACUGCUGCUGGACAAGUGCAAGGCUUGUUGCCCGAAGGAGUUGGACAAGUUCACUUCUGCAUUAGACAAUCCGGACAAGCAUGUGGGAUAUCUGAUCAGUGAACGCUUCCUGAACCUUCCCCCUACCCUGGCCGUGCCAAUGUUUGAAGCUUUAGUGAAGGAGAUGACGAAAGCAUGUCAGAAGGAAAUGAAGUACAACUUUGCCUACUAUGUGCUCAUCUGCAAGACAUACGAGAUGAAGGCGGCUCACAACGUCAGACAAAUGAUAUUCUCUAACUCAGAGGAGGAGCUGUUUUGUGACGCCAGUGAGGUGAGUUUCCAGUUCUCGGUGGCUGACCAGCGUGACGGGGUGGUGGAGAAGUGGAGCGCAGAGGAGGACAUGGAGCCAUUCAGAACUGUGCUCCUGCUCCCUGCUUACAAACUCAUGCCUGUGAUCGAAACCAUCAAGCAGGAGCUUGCAAAAACAUGAAUAUAAAUAAAGGAUUUUAUCUCAA